UGAAAAUUAAUUGAUAAUGAAACUUUGCAAUAAAUAAUCGUCAUCAUCAUAUCUCUUUUUUUUAGAAAAAAAAACUCUAGCAAGCUAAUCAAGUCAUGUUCUAUACAUGGAAAGAAUUUUGUCGAUGGUUAAAUGUAACUUUAUUCGAAUUUUGGAUGUUUCUAUUGGCCACAAUCUGUUUUACAUUUUUAUUGGCAUUGAAGAUUGAAAAUCCAUUCAAUAUAUUAGAAAUUAUUGGCAUCAAAUCAUCAUCACUAAAUUGGUGGCAUAUAUUUUUUCCAUAUUUUUUAAACGAUGCACUUGCUUCAUAUUUCAAUAUUAUUAUUUUUAUUCGUCAAUAUCAUAUUGGUAAAAUUCGUCAAGCAUUCAUUCGUUUGGUGUUUGUAACGGCACGAUUAGCAAUGCUUUGUGUGGUCAAAGUAUUUUUAAUCUAUAAAUUAGAGAAUAGAUUAGCUGUAAAUUUUUCUGAAAUAUUUUUACCAUUGUUUUUUCUAUUGUUUAUUCUAAUCUGUAGAUCUUUUCGUAUCUGAUGUUCGAUCAUGUAUACACUAUAGAAUUUUUUUUUGUGUCCACAAAAUCUUAUUAUAGUUUAAUUUAGUUU